AUGGAAAUUUCAAGAGCCUCACUAGUACUCGCCCUCUUCGGUCUCUGUGUUUUUGCUGCAUCAGCUAACGAUGGCAGAAAGACGUAUAUCGUGUACAUGGGAGAACUGCCUCGGUACACUGCUGGCGUAGCAUUAAUGGAUAUCCACCACACGCUUCUUACCCAUGCAAUCGGAGACGAGAGGAUAGCCAGAGAAUCGAAGAUACAUAGCUACGGGAAGAGCAUUAAUGCGUUUGCAGCGAGACUGUUGCCUCAUGAAGCAAGUAGAUUAUCAGAAAGACGUGGUGUGAUAUCAGUGUUCCCGAGCACAGUACGUAAGCUUCACACCACAAGAUCAUGGGACUUUUUAGGUUUGCCUGAGAAAGUGAAAAGGAACCAUAACGCUGAAAGCAACCUUAUAGUUGGUCUGUUGGAUACAGGAAUUUGGCCGAGCUCACCCAGUUUCCAAGAUAGUGGCUAUGGACCUCCUCCAAACAAAUGGAAAGGCAAAUGUGAAAAGAUAGCUAAUUUCACUGGAUGCAACAACAAGCUCAUCGGAGCGAAAUACAUCAACCUGGAUAACGCUGCCUCUCCGACAGACGAUCUUUCUCCGGUGGACACCCAGGGGCACGGCACGCACACCUCCUCCACCGCCGCUGGAGCUACGGUGAAGGGCGCCAGCUUGUACGGCUUCGCCAAAGGGACUGCCCGCGGCGGAGUCCCGUCCGCCAGAAUCGCAAUGUACAAGGUCUGCUGGGGCAUCGGCUGCUCCGACGCCGAUUUGCUGGCCGGCUUCGACGAAGCCAUUGCCGAUGGGGUGGAUAUUAUAUCGGUCUCUAUCGGUGGAUUCGCCAAGAACUAUUUCGAGGACGUGAUCGCCAUUGGAGCGUUCCAUGCCAUGAAGAAAGGGAUCUUGACUUCUUGCUCGGCCGGGAACAGCGGGCCGUAUUUGUCGACCGUCGAGAAUGUGGCACCGUGGAUCUUCACGGUGGCCGCCAGCAGCCUCGACCGGCAAUUCAAGACCACUGUUAAAUUGGGUAAUGGAAAGCAUGCCACUGGGCGAUCCAUCAACACAUUCUCGUUGAAGAAACAAAUGUAUCCUCUAACCAGUGGACUACUUGCAGGAAGUUCUAAUGCUUCCACUUAUGGAUACCCCAGUGAAUGCGACUGGGGGACGCUGUUGGCCAACAAGGUGAUGGGGAAGAUAGUGUACUGUGUCGGAUUGAUUGGCGGGCAGGACUACACCGUCAAGGAUCUGGGCGGCGUCGGAACGAUCAUGUCAACGGAUUCUUCAGAUUCAGAUGCAGCCUUCACCUUUCUUAAUCCGGCCACUGUGGUGUCGCGAGAAGAUGGAACCAUGAUCGACAAGUACAUCAACUCUACCAGAGCGGCCAGAGCCAUUAUAUACAAGUCGAGAGUCACCAAAACGGCUGCUCCGUUGAUCGCUUCUUUCUCGUCCAGAGGCCCCCAGACAAUCUCUAUCAACAUCCUCAAACCUGAUAUAGCAGCGCCAGGGCUGAGCAUAUUGGCGGCAUAUACAGAACUGUCAUCUAUAACAGGAGAUCCAAUGGACAAGCGGAUUUCGAAAUUUAACAUAAUAUCUGGGACGUCCAUGGCUUGCCCUCAUGUCUCCGGCGCUGCUGCUUAUGUCAAAUCCUUCCACCCCGAGUGGUCGCCAGCGGCAAUUAAGUCUGCUCUUAUGACCACCGCAACAAGAAUAAAGAUCAAGGGGAAAGACGCCGAGCUAGGCUCCGGCGCCGGCCAGAUACAUCCCAGGAAAGCUCUAGAUCCUGGCCUCGUCUAUGACCUUUCCGAGGAAUCCUACAUUAAGUUCCUGUGCAAGGAAGGGUACAACAGCUCCACCAUCGGCCUCCUCACCGGCGACAAGAAGGCUUACGACUGCUCGAAAUACCGGCCACCAGCCCAAGGAAUCGACGGCUUGAACUACCCCUCCAUGCACAUCCAACUGCCCAAGUGCAGCACCAGCAUUUCGGCCGUGUUUCGCCGGACUGUCACCAACGUCGGGGACCCAAAAUCCAUCUACAAAGCCACAGUGAAGGCGCCCAAGGGGCUUAACAUUUCGGUUGUUCCAAACACACUGUCGUUUCAUCGGCUGAACCAAAGGAGAUCGUUCAAGGUUGUAUUGGAAGGGGGGUUUCUACACCACGACGAUUGGCUUCUGUCGGCGGCGUUGGAGUGGAGAGACGGCUCCAAGCACACCGUGAGAAGCCCAAUUGUGGUUUACAAGGCAUUAAAUGAGCGGCUACAAUGA